AUGGCGGCCCCCAAUCCCGUCGUAAAUGGCGGCCCUCCGGCCCCCGCCGGCAACAAAUCCAACAUUCAGUUCGGGUUUGAUUCCCCUUCCGUGGCCCACAGCACUCCUCAGUCCAGCAACGUUGCUCCCAUGGCUAUCCCCGCAGCAAACAACGCUGGUCGUGUGCCUUCUCCUGCUCACUCACCCUCUCCUAUCCCGCAGCCUUCAGCCAGCGGCGGUCGCCCGCCCACCAUGCAGGCUGGUGGCCAGAUGACCUUCGGCAGUCUAGGUAGCGAUGGCGAGCGCCACAUGAGACAGGGCUCUGUCCCUCCCAACUCGAACGCUAUUCCCACGCAGCCAGGUGCUCACUUUCGACGUGAGUCAACCAACUCUCUCCAUGGCGACAACAACCGAGGCAACUACCAGGGCGGACGCGGUCGUGGCUACAACAAUCAUCACAACAACUACAAUAACCAGAUGGGCUACCCUCCCAACAACCAAUUCCGCAACGGUCAGGGUCGCGGCAUGCCUCCUGCUUUCCAGCCUCAGGGACGCGGCAUGCCCUACCCCAACUCGCCUCAUCAGCCUAACCGUAGCCCUGCCCCGGUCUCCUCCAUGCCCAACACGCCAAACAUGCCUCCCGCCAACAUGCACGGUCACAUGCAGACGCCACCCCAGUAUCACUACCCGCCACCUAUGGCUCCUCAGCAGCAACAAGUACAGUACCCCUUUCCCCGAGUGUUUUCCAAAUCGCACAAAAAGUACCCCCAUCGACGUGAGCAAGACAAGGUUUUAUCAGAUUUGCGACGCCAAGCCGGCUCUACGGUGAAGUACCAUGCUUGCUACAUCAAUCCGCCGCAGCUCAGCGACAUUACUGAGCAGUCGGACCAGAUGCAGCCUCGCAUGCAUAAUGUACCUUCCAAGCCUCGUGGUGGCUUGAACAACUCUGAGAUUCUACCAAAGUCAAAUCACAGCGCCCCCAUCAAUAAUCCCAACUCCAACUCAUUUGACCUGUCUCCUGAAAACGGAGGUUUUGAACGACUGCUAACUAUGAGACAUCAGAACUAUGGCUACCCGCCUCAACAGGUUGACCAGUACGGUCGUCCCAUCAACAUGACCUACGGCUACAAUAAUGUCCCCCCUUAUAUGGGUGGUCCUCCCCAGGGUACCGCCGCUUAUGGCCAGCAAUAUCCCCCCACUUUCCAUCAGCAGAGCACCAGCAUGUCCCGCACCCCCUCUCAGCCAGAGCGUCCUACCAGCGCCAGCCAGUCCAGCCAGCCCGUCGUUGUAUCCUCGGGUCAAGCCCAAGGUGCUAAUGUCCCCAAGGGCGCCAGCAAUUUUGUCAUGCCACGCAAGAGCGCUGCUAUCCAGAUCAAGAACCUGGCUGGUGAGGUCGUAGACACCUCUUCCUUCAAAGCCCCUGUCUCCCCAGCUCCUCUGCCGGUCCGAACUCCUCCGGUUGUUGCUUCGACGCCUACUCCUCCUCCCGUCAAACCCAGCACUCCUUCUCACGGGCGCACCGACAGUCAGGCCACCCCUAAGACCGCCAAGGAAAUCCAAGACGAGCUCAAGGAGAAGAUAAAGCGCGCAACACAGCAGUCUGCUGCUACUGAGGAGCCUGCUGCUCCAAAGGCUGAGACUCCCGCUACCAAGCCCUCAGAGGCCCCCAAGACCGAAGCUGCUGUCAAGGAGGAGCCCAAGGCUGCCGAGGUUGCCAAGAAUGACGACCCUGACGAGGAUGAGGUGGAACGCAUGAUUCGUGAGAUGGAAGAGGCAGAUGCUCGCCGUGAAAAGGAGGAAGGGGAACAUCGCAAACGCAGAGAGGCUGAAAAGGCCGAGGCCAAGAAGAACGAGGAGGUUAACCGCAAGGCUAACGCCGAAGAUGCAGACCGCAAGUUGCGUGAGCAAGAGCGUGAGAUGGAACGUCUCGAAGAGGAGCGCGAGCGCAAGCGCAACGAGGGAGAAGGUUCUGGCAAAACACUGUCCGUUGGUGAAGCCCUUGCCAAGGCUCGCUCUGGCGGCGCUGAGGGCGCUGAGGGCAACGUCGACUCAGUCACUGACAAGCUUGCCGACAUGAAGAUCGAGGGCGACAAGACCGCCGAGAGCAGGCAGUCGGAGAAGCGCGCCGCGAAGCCUGCGGCCCUGAACCUCGCUCCCCUGAACACAAAGCCCGUGGAGCCUCCUCAGCCUACGCCUGCCAUGCAGUCCCUCAAGUCUGCUCGCUUCCUGCAGGUCAUGGAGCAGGACGUCUACCCUGCCGGCAUCCACUCACCUAACCCUGCUUUGAACGCUGCUGUGGCUAAGAAGGGUAAGACCUUCAGAUAUGACGCUGGCUUCCUGUUGCAAUUCCAGAAGGUCUUUACCGAACAACCCUCUAUCGAGUUUCACCAACAGGUCAAGUCCCUCAUUGGUGACGGCGAUGGCAACCGCGCUAGUAUCCGCACUCCCGCAAUUGGUAACCCUAGACAGGGCUCACGUGGCGGUGCCGGAUUCCCUGGCGGUCCUUUCAACGCACCCCCUGGCCGUGGUGGUAUGUCCGGUGGUAUGUCCGGUGGUGCUCUUCCUGGCAAGCCUGGCGGCAUCAACCCCCUGGGCUCUUUCCAGCGUCCUGGCGCUUCCUUCCCUGGUUCCGCUGGCAUGGUUCGCUCUGGCUCUCAGCGCGGUCCUGGUCCCAACUCUCCUCGCCAGAGCAGUCGCCAGACUCGCGGUAGCCGCCGUAACGACGUGCAAGCUUCCAAGACCAUGCCGCUCACUGCCAACCAGGAUGUCAAACCUAUUACCAUAUCUUCCACUGGCUGGAAGCCCACUAGCAUCGGCAAGAGCGCUGUUGCCAACUCCGCUGCCAACGCCGGAUACCUUGAUCCCGAGAAUGUCCAGAAAAAGGUAAAGGCCGCCCUCAACAAGAUGACACCCGAAAAGUUUGACAGAAUUUCCGACCAAAUUCUAGUCAUUGCAUCGCAGUCUAAGGAUGAAUCGGACGGCCGCACCCUUCGCCAAGUCAUUCAACUCACUUUUGAGAAGGCUACUGACGAGUCUCACUGGGCUUCCAUGUAUGCCAAGUUCUGCAAGCGCAUGCUUGAGACCAUGAGCCCUGACGUCCGUGAUGAGAGAAUUAAAGACAAGAAUGGCAACAUUGUCAGUGGUGGCAAUCUCUUCCGCAAGUAUCUCCUCAACAGAUGUCAAGAAGACUUUGAGCGCGGCUGGUCUACGAACGUGGCCGACCCCCCCAAGGAGGAGGAGAAGAAGGACGUUGCUGAAGGCAAGAAGAACGGCGAGGUCAAGCUCAUGUCUGAUGAGUAUUACCUAGGUGCCGCUGCCAAGCGUCGCGGUCUCGGUCUUGUUCAGUUCAUUGGUGAACUUUACAAGCUGGGCAUGCUUACGGAACGCAUUAUGCACGAGUGUGUGCAUAAGCUUGUCGACUACAAGCGUAUUCCUGAUGAGGCUGAGGUCGAGUCGCUGUGCAAGCUGCUGAGAACCAUUGGCGCCAACCUUGACGAGACUGAAAAGGGUCGUCCUAUGAUGGAUGCCUACUUUGAGCGCAUCCAGACCAUGGUCGACCUUCCUGAGCUUCCCAGCCGCAUCAAGUUCUUGCUCAUGGACAUUAUCGACCUGCGCAGGGCUGGCUGGAGAGGCAAGACUAGCGGCCUGGCACCCCCCAAGACUCUCGAGGAGAUCCGUAUCGAAGCUGAAGCCGCUCAGGCCGCCAAGGCCCAAGAGACCGCCAGAAGCAACCAGCGUGGUGGCGGACGUCCUCCAGUUGGCCGUGGUGAUGCUCGCAACUUUUCCGCUGGCUACACCCAACAGACAAGCAAUCAAGUUGGCAUGGAUGAUCUGAAACGUCUCAAGGGCUCCGUCAACAGAACCUCGAGCCAGAACAUCACUCUUGGUCCUACCUCGAUGUUCUCUUCUCGCAGCAACAGUGGUCGUCGCAUGGGCCCUGGUGGCUCUUUCGGACGGGGCGAGGACUCUGCCAUGUCUUCCCGCGCCGGUACUCCCCCCACUCGCGAGAACUCCAAUACUUUCAGCCUCCUUGCCACCAUGGACUCUGAGAACCCCGCCUCCCCCCCGUCCGCCGCUGCUUCCCCGGCGCUGUCAAAAGCUGUCCCUGACAGUGACAAGAAAGAGAGCGAAUAA